GGGAAAAAAGCUUUAUCAACAAUAAAUCAGCCACUUUAAUGCAUCGGCAUAAUCAUCUUUUUCCCAUCAUUAAAAAAACCAUCCCCUUGCGGCUCAUACAUACAAAGACUUCAAACAUCUGUAACAUUUGGUUAUUACUUAUUUCUAGGUUUUUCGUUUUUCAGCUAAUUAUUUAGGAUUUUGUAAAUUUUUUUUUCCAACUGGAUUUUAAACAUAAGUCUUUUUUAAUAAUAUUUUCUGUCUUAUAAUAUGGCUGACGAGUUUGAUAUAUACAACGAUAGUAACUUUGAUGGAGGAAUUGGAGAUACCCAAAUAGAUUUGUAUGCCGAGAUUUUAGAUGAUGAAAGUCGACCAGCUAAACGUAAAAGAGAUAACGACUUAGAUUACAGUGUUUCUAUUUCUGACCACCAUCAUGGUGAUCAUGAAAUCAAAGAUGGUGAUGAUGAUUUGUUUGCUGAUUUCGGGGAAGGUGAAAAGGGUUUUGAAGUGAAAAUGGAAGGAUCCGAAGACGAUUCAAAAUCAAAUACACAAAAUUCCACUCUAGAAGGUCAUGACAAUGCUGUGCCACGAGUUUCUUCUGCAAAUAGUGGUAUGAGUCAUCAACUUCCAGAUCGUAAACCAGUAGCAAAUGCCACAAACGCGUUAUAUAUUGGUGAUUUGAAUUGGUGGACUACGGAUGAGGAUCUUAGGAACGUUGCUCGUGAUGUUGGUGUAGGAUCGGAUGUAACAGAAGUAACCUUCUAUGAACAUAAAGUGAACGGAAAAUCACGAGGAGUUGCUUAUAUGGAAUUUAUUUCAUCAGAGUCGGCAAGUAAGGUUAAAGAGAGAAUGGAGGCAGUUGAAAUCACGGGUAAAAAAUGUCUCGUCAAUUUUACAAGUUCAGCAAAUGGUAAUCCUUUUAAAACCGUACCGAAAGAACCUCCACCAAAAGCUGCUCGUCAAGCAAUGCAACAGCAAGCUUCUGGAGGUCAGCGAACAUCCACGAAUCUUCCUGUACGUCCUGCAGUUAUGAGACCAAGUGGGAUGGAAUUUCAUCAUCCGCGUGGUGGUUUCCGAGGAGCACCCGAACCAAGAAAUUUCUUUAAUCCAUAUGGUGCUUUUGCUUCAGGCCGUGGAGGUUAUAUGAAUGGUUUCGGUGGUGUAGGAGAUGCAUCUGCAUUUGGAAUGAAUCCUAUGAUGACAGCACGUGGUGGAAUGAUGGGUAUGCGAGGACAAGUUCCUGCUCGUCGUGGAAUGAUGGGUGGACGAGGAGUAAUGCGUGGAGGAUACAAUGAAGAUUUCAGUAUGGGAGGUGGUUUCACCGGAGGAUUUCCUGCACCACAUUUUAAUCCAGCAUUCUUUGAAAGUGGAUAUGGAGGUGCGGAUGAAACAGUACCCGUAGCGCCACGAGGACAAAGGUAUUUCCCCUCCCAAUAGCCGCCAUGGUUUCCGUGAUGAGGAUGAUCUUUUUAAUUAGACUCUUAAUAAAACUAUUGACCUUUUAAAUAAAUUAUUAAAUAUAUACAGAGGGUAUGAUAAAGCGCACCAUGGAAUAAAAAGAAUUCGUGAUGAUGAACAUGGGCGCAUGGAUGGGCGAGGUAGCCUAAAAACGUGAUAUUUAAUCAAACUUCUUAUUCCUUUUUUUUUUUCUUAUCUCCUCUCUCCUUCCCCUUUUUACUUUUCAAGAUAAAAAAUUAUUAUUA